AGUACACCAGCGGAAUUGGCCCACUUUAUAGCGUGGUUAGACGCAGCAUAAGUGCACGCGAUUUUGGCGCUGACAGACAUCUGGAUGACCUUCGGCUGGCAAUAUGCUUACCUGCUACUGCUUCUCGCCGUGGCUCAGGGAGACCCCUUCGCCGCGGAUCCCUCGCCACUCCCACAUCCUCCAGCCAACGCACUCUCCACCUCAGCCUUUCCGCCCCCGGACUCACCACCCGACUCCACAUCCUUAGAAACCAUCUUGCAGCUGUCGGGCACCACCAACCUCACCUGCGCAGAACUGCAGCAGUCCUUCCUCGUCCUUCUAGAUAGCGGCGACAUCUUCUCGCGCAACCAGCUCUGCUACAUCCAGGACCCCACGGACUCCCAGUCGUUGGCGGCAACCAACCAGACGCAGUCCACCACCACCACCACCGCGAGGUCCUUCAUCCUCUCCGCGGUUCUCCCUAGCCUAGAUGACGCCCUGGGCACUAUCCAGCAACUCGGACAGCCCCAGGGUGCCGACAUCCGCGGCUUCCUCGCCAGCGCCGGAGUGCCCUGCGGCAGCAAGCUCACCGCCACCACCCUCACGGAGGAGCAGGACGCCGCCUCCGUCUUCACCCUCAGCUGCAGCGGCCUGCCGUCCAACCUCCGCGCCUCAGCCUCGCUCUCUCUUCCCGCACUGUGCUGUGCGCCGCACACCGUCAAGCCGCCGAAACCGCCCCCGCAACGAAAGCGCCCGCCGCUGCGGCCGCUGCCACCCUCGCCGUCGCCACCACUCUCGCCGCCGCGCCCUAGCACCAUGCUGAGUUACCACUCACCCUUACCGCUACCGCCGUCGCCACCAUCUCCAGUCCCGCCGCCGUCGCCGCCGUCACCGAGCCCGCCAAGGGCCUCCCGCAGGCUCUCGCCGCCGCCCUCACCCCCCAAGGGCAGCAGCGGUUCCUCCAGCGCGCCGCAGCUGACUCUGUAUGUGAUGGCGCCGCCGCGGCGACUCGUCUGCGCCAAGUUGCUGACGGCCUGCCAGACGCUGGCGCAGCCGUACGGCCUCAUCAACGGCAACUACACGUGCCGCGCCAGUGAUGAUGAUGACACGGUGCACCCACGGUACGGCACUACCGCGCCUUUGCCGCCAUCCGAGGAUUCGGAAGCGGGAACCUCUCCUGCAUUGGGUGCUGACAGCACCGGCAGCAGCAUUAACCUGACCAACACCUCUGUGCCGCCACCGUUAGCGCCGUUUCCCUCGCCGCCGGUAGCCACGUCAGCCUACAUGAUCGUGACGGCUCAUUGGCCGCAACGGCCGUACGACCGGUGCUUCCGACGGCUCCUGGGCUCCCUCGCGAGCAGCGUCGAGGUGUUUGCCAGCCUCGGCAUGGUGCCCUGCGGUACGGAGAUCCGUGCCGUACUGCUUUCAACCGCUGGCGUCGUCCGGCGGGAGGACGCGUACGGCUGUGUCAGCACCCUGCAGUACAGCUACGCGUCGCAGCUGCAGCAGCAGGGGCUGCGGGUGGUGCCGCGGCAGCUCCUGUGCUGCCGUCCGCCGCCACCGCCGCACCUGCCCCUGCCGGCAUCGCCACCGCCGCUGGUCCCGCCGACAAGGGGGCCCGACGCGCCGCCGCCAGCGCUGCCGCCCCCGCCGCCGCGGGACCCUGGCUUGUCCCCCGCAGUCGACACAGCGGCGCCGCCAUCCCAACCACCGUUGAAGCCAGGGCCACCGCCUCUCCCGAUAACGAACAUGGCACCACCACCGCCGUCACCGAACGGGGCUUGGGAGGGUGGAAGCGGCUCGGAAGGAGGAGGCGGUGGUGGCGAUGGCAGUGGGCUGGUAGCGGGCCAGCAGAAUGGCGGCUCCUCCUCACCUCCCCGCCAGGCCUACGCAGCUGAGUCAGCACCGCCGCCGGGGAGGGUUAAUCUAGGUUCCGCGGGCCUGUCUCGCCCAGUGGUUGCAGUGAUCGCCUCCCUCGCCGCCGCCGCCCUGGCCUCCACCAUGGGGGCGGUGUUUGCGCUCUUCCUCCGCCGCCGCAGCGACGCAUCCGUCAGGGGCAAAACCAGCACCAACACUAGGGGCGAGCAGCGGCCGGGACAGACCGCUCGGCAGUCAGGCGCCGGCUCCGCAGCAGCGGUCGCCGGAGGUACCGUCGCGGCGGCAGUAGCCGCCCUAGCUGGCCCCAACGGCAAUGCCUUUGGAGGAUGUUCCGCGUCCGUGGGUGGUGCUGCUCCUUCUCCAUGGCUGGGUGUCGUCCUGGGCGAGGGGACGGAGGGCGAGGAGGAAGCGGGGAAGAGGAGAGAGCACUCAAAGGUGAAGGGUGUCAUGCAUGUUUCAAAGGGCGGCUGCUUUGGGGGUGGUAGUGAGGGAUGCCUGGAGCCCAAGGGGCCCUCCUCCUCCUUUUCGUCCUCUGGCGCGGGAUGCUCCUCGUCGUCAGGGUCGGGCUCGACACCGGCCUCCAAGGGGUCCAAGACGGCUGCCAGUGCUGAUGUUGCUGCUGCUGGCGGCGCUGCUGGGAUGACGUACGUGGUCGGUGCGGGCGGUGACCCUGGUGAGGGCGACAGCGUGGCGAUUGUUCGCGCCAGUCCGCGCAAUCCUCAGGCUGCUGUCCCCCCGGGCGCCCACCACCACUACCACCCACAACAGCCUCACCGCCAACACCAGCAGCAGCACCACGGCUGUGAGCAGGGCGAUUUGCAAGGGAGGCAGCAGCAGCAGCAGCAGGAGCAGCACUUUCAGGGACAACAGUCGGGGAGUACACAACAGCAGCAGCAGCAGAACUCCCCCGUCACCCCAGCGGACGGCUUUGACGCCAUGAACGUAUUCCGGGACGCCGCUUUUGACAUUUCCCUCUCCGCAGCCACCAGCGCUGCGCCCUCUGCAGCGGGCGGUGCCAUGCAUGCGGCGGGGCUGCCCCGGGGUGCCCUGCUGCUGCACACCGGCGCCGCUGCUGCUGCGCCUGCUGCCAUGGCGGCGACCGGUGCGGUGGCCGGGCUGCCUAGAGGAGUAGGAGGAGCAGGACCGGGAGAACCUAACAAGGCCCUUCCCGACGGCCAUCAACCGCAUAGCAACCAGCAGCAGCGGUAUCAACAAUACCAGCAGCAGAGGAGGCCCUUGGAGGUUACUCUGCUAGAGCUCUUUAACCAGUCGCCGCUGGUGGGGGCGCUGCUGGCAACGCCGGUGAACAGUGAGGGUGGCGCCCCGCCGCCAUCGCCAUCACCAGCAACCCCAUUCGCUGCUACCGGUAUUUCGAGUUUUGCUGGCUGUGGUGCUCCUGGUGCCUCUGGUGCUGUUGCCACUACUGCCGCUGCUGGCGUGGGUGCCGUACGGCAGCAGCUCAGCAGUAGAAGCAGCAACAACACCAACAACCCGGCGGUCGCCUUGGAGCGGCUGUCCGUACAGUUGGCUAGGAACAUUGCCCGACUGUCGAGUAGCCGGCUGGAGUUGAUGGAGGCUGGGGGGGAAGGCGACGAAGAGGAGGAGAGGGUAGCAGAAAGGGACCUUGGAGGCGGGAGGGUCACAGCCCACUCCAGUGCAGUGGGCCCUAGUAGCGGGCUUUCAGGGUCGGAGCCGUCGGCUGCAGCAAGCGGGGGUAGCGGGCAGCCGGACUCCUCCUCAGGCUCUGGGAGUGCGAGGUCCGCACCCGACUCAGCAUCCGCAUCCCAGUCGUUUCGUUGUGCUGGGGACGUCACUACUAAUAGCAGCAGCGGGUUCCAAGCUACGAGGCAUGUGCACAGUGGUGGUGGUGGCGGCAGUGGAGCAGCAGGCGUAGAAUGCCUGCCCACUGCGGGGUCGCUGCCGCCGUGCGCGUCACUGCCCGCCGCCUUGCCGAAUGUGGCUGCGACUGUGGAUGUUCCUCAAGAGGGUUCCCGUCUGGGUACAGAAGUGGGCACGGCAGGGGUGGCAGCAGCAGCAGCAGGGUCCGGGACAGCGCCGGUGUUGCCGUUAAGCCGACAGGGACCUGGAGGCGGAGGGGCAGGCGGCAAGGCAGUGGCGGCACAGCAAACGCUUCCACGCGAGCAGCAGCCUGCAAGCGGGCCCAUGGACCUGGACAUCAGUCCCCGGGACCUGCGGAUCAACACGGAUGGCCUACUGGGCGCCGGCGCCUUCGGCUCCGUGUACCGCGGCUCCUACCUGGGGCAGCCGGUGGCCAUCAAGGUGUUGCACCACCUGCACCUCGCAGCAGCAGCUGCAAACGCAAACGCAGCAGCAGUAGGUUGCGGGGCCUCUGCCUCCGCCGCUGCGGGCCUGCAGCUGCAGCAACGCGACCUAGAGGCCUUCCGUCAGGAGAUCGCGAUGCUGCGGUCGCUGGCGCACCCCAACAUUGUGCGGGUGCUGGGCGGGUGCGCGCACGCGGGGCACCCCUUCCUGGUGAUGGAGCUCAUGCCCGCCUGCCUGCAUGACGUCAUUCACCACCCGCACCGCUACAAGAGAUACCUGCAGGGGUUCUUUGCUGCUACGACACCCGCACCGCCGCCACUGCAGCAGCAACGGCAGCGCACCCAGCGGCAACAGCAGCUACCCCUUGGAAGCAGCAGCAGCGGAGGCGGUGAAGAUGGCGGGAGUGACCCACGGGUCGGGGAAGGACGGCCGGCAGCAGCAGGAAGGUGCAUGGUCAGCGCUGAGGGCCGGCUGGCGCUGGGAGCUGCGCUGCAUAUCGCUGCUGACGUGGCUCGGGGUCUGGCGCACCUGCACGCGGGCGCCAUCGUGCACCGGGACCUCAAGCCCGCCAACAUACUGCUGGACGCGGAAGGCACCGCCAAGAUCUCGGACUUUGGCCUGGCUCGCUACCACCUGAAGCCCUACAUCAGCACGCAGCAGCCGGACGCGGGCUCAGUGGCCUACAUGGCGCCUGAGGGUUUCGAUCCUGCCAUUGGACGCCUGUCGGCCAAGUGCGACGUGUACAGUUUCGGAGUGCUGCUGUGGGAGCUGCUGACGCAGGAGCACCCUUGGAGCGGUGAGAGCAACGUUGCCAUCAUCUACCGCGUCGCCGUACACCGCAUGAGGCUGCCGGUGCCCACCGACCCACGGGUCUGUCCUCCGCGGCUGGCCACCCUACUAGACUCCUGCAUGUCGUACCUGCCUGCCGAGCGGCCUGACAUGAGCUGGGUGCUUGGGGAGCUCGAAGACAUGUUGCAGCUGGUGGGAGAAGGCGGGGAAACUGCGCUAUUGGUGCUUCAGCAGCAGCAAGAGCAGCAGUGAGAGCAUCGCGAGAUGCGCUUCGUGAUUAGCUGGUUGAUGGAGUCGCAUCGGAGAGGGGCACUUGAGUGGGGCAGCAACAUCACCCAUGGGGUGGUGUGGGCCAUACCGGCAGGAACGAACGUGCGAAGCGUGCGAGUGCCCUAGGGUGCAGUAGACCUUGAUAGACGGAUGUGAACCGUAUAUGAAUAGUACACGGCGUGAUUCCCGCAUACCCUACGUGCUAAUGUGAAAUGCCCCAUUCAUGUUCCAUACAACACAGCUUAUCCGGUGGGUUAUUGCCACGUCCUUGGCGGAAGCCAUGCUGACCUAUGUGUAAGGCAGCUGGCUGUUACCCGUUGUGGGACGAGAGGCGUGUUGUUACCCGUCGGGACAUAAUGGGGCCAGAGUGCCGUGCCCGCUAGGUAAGCAUUCUUUUCUUUACUGUCCAGGUAGUGGAAUCUUCUUUUGUGUGUUCAUGGGGGCGUCACUGUCGUCGCGAAGGGAGCGUUGAUAACUUACACUGUUGUUCGUUUCUUAUACUGGUAUUGUUCUGCUCUGUUGGUACUGCUGAAGUAAUAAAGCUAUUGCGAUUCAUUGUAGUUGAUCAUUCAUAUCUACCGUUGUUCGUUAGCACAGUUGGCUCAAACCCACGUAGGGGGCAGGAAACAGGGUCAUAGGGUGCUUACUGGAACGUUUCAUUUGUUUUGUGGAUUCAGCGGGCGAGCGUCCGCGCUGGGCCGCGUAUUUAUAAUAGUGUAGUGACGAUACAUCGGAAAUCGGUAGCCCGGCCACGUUCCUUAUGUCUCCUCAACGUAGGUUAGCAGCCGUGCGAAGGACCUUACUUCUCUCCAAGUGCAUAUGAUUUCUUUGUUCGUUUCCCUCUAGCUGUCUUUCCUUCGUGUCUCUCCUCUUUGUCCUUUCUGCCAAUGUCUUUCACCGUGGCCAUAACCCUGCGGACAGGGUUGGACUGCUGAUUACCGUAACAGACAGGCUAUCCUUUUUAACUUAAAUGUCCUAACCCUAUUAGGUGAAAUGUCGCGUGCUACGCGCCUUGCUACUUCACUCAGCCGUAGCCCUGUAGCGGUAGUGGAGCUGUAGUGCACAUCAGCUGUAGACUAGGGUCGGCUACGUGUUGAACAAACGAGAAGCUAGUUGUGAUUGGUGAUUAAGUAAUCGUUGUGGUUGUUGUGAUAAUGGCUCGGAGGCAUACCGUAGUAGUUUUAGGUUGACGGCACCUGCGUGCAAGGCGAACAACCGGUGGUCACGUGUCGACACAGGGUACAACAGGGUAUUCAGUUGUACAGCUUGCAUGAUGAUGUAGGGGGGGGAGCCCUAUGUUGACAACCCCUUGGGGUUUGCCUGGUGUAAAUACAAAACAACC